CAUAUUAAUCCAACAAUAAACUUAUGUCUAUAUCACUUUUGAUGCCAACCCCAACUACCCAAUUUCCCUCUUAAAAGACUAAAACUAGAACCACUUUUCAUUCAAUAAAAAUAACUUGAUCAUUUCGCUCUAAUUUAAUCUCAUACUCUCUAAAUUUGUGAUUCUUUGUGAAAUUCAAGAGCAGCAAAAAAUGGUGCAGGAAAUGAAAAAUGUUGAAUCAUCAACCAGUAUAAAAGUGCAAGCCAUGCAAUUCGCGUACCCAGGCCAACCUCCGAUUUUCGCCGAUUUCAGUCUCGACAUUUCUGCGGGCUCUCGUUGUCUUCUUGUUGGUGCUAAUGGAUCCGGUAAAACCACCUUGUUGAAGAUUCUGGCUGGAAAGCACAUGGUUGGUGGAAGGGAUGUUGUGCAGGUCUUGAAUUCUUCGGCUUUCCAUGACACCCGUCUUGUUUGUAGUGGUGACUUGGCAUAUUUGGGAGGAUCUUGGAGUAAAACUAUUGGCUCUGCAGGCGAGGUUCCACUCCAAGGAGAUUUUUCAGCUGAGCAGAUGAUCUUUGGAGUCGAAGGUUCAGAUCCUGAUAGAAGAGCAAAAUUAAUUGAAUUGCUUGAUAUUGAUCUGCAAUGGCGAAUGCACAAGGUGUCUGAUGGUCAGAGAAGGCGAGUUCAAAUCUGUAUGGGUCUUCUUCAUCCCUUCAAGAUCCUCUUGUUGGAUGAGGUGACUGUCGACCUUGAUGUAGUUGCGAGGAUGGAUUUGCUCGAAUUCUUAAAGGAAGAGUGCGAUCAGAGAGGAGCUACAAUUGUUUAUGCAACCCACAUCUUUGAUGGUUUGGAAACCUGGGCAACUCAUCUGGCGUACAUCCAAGAAGGAGAUUUGAGGAAGAUAGAGAAGCUGUCCGAACUUCAUGAGUUGAAGACUUCCAACAAUCUUCUGUCUGUGGUAGAGUCGUGGCUGCGUUCAGAGACUAAGAUCGAGAAGAAGAAACCUGCUACUACUGCCACCCAGAAUCAAAAAUCAUCUGGUUUUGAUGCUUCACCAUUUAGAUCAUCAAGACAUAUGGCCUACUAUCGGUGAUGCUAACAAACACCCUGGGUACCCGAGUCUCCACUUGAAGUAUCUAAAUGUGGCUUCUGCCCCUUCUUCAAGCUAUUGUGGUGCUAAUUCGCAAUAGAUAUGAAUAUCACCCUAUUUGGAAUACUUUUUCACGGAGGGAAAUACUGUAGCUUUUCAAAAAAUGGUCGUACAGGAGGUAAAGCAAAUUUAGUUUUGCCAGAUUCAAGAAACCAAUAAAUAUCGUGGCACGGUGGAGGUUACGAGAUGGAAGAUUUGCGUAGGAGAAUCUGUGAUAAAAUGGCAUAGAAGUUAGCUUGUUUGCCAAGCUGGUGCAGAGCAAGUUCCUCUUCAGGAAUGCGCACUCUAAACUGCAGAGCUUGUAGCCUGUAGGAGAAUUUUGCUUCAUGAAUUGUUCACUUGUUUGUGUGCGCUGCGUGGGGUCAGCUAUCCUCAAUAGUAUAUGUAACAUGAUAAGUUUUGAGUUCAUCAAUUUGUUGGACUAUUUUUUUUUUUAAUUAGAAAAGAUAAUUGGUUAGAAGACCAACCCCAUGCUAGGCUAGAGCAUACCAACUCAAAAGACUUAGUACAAGGCGAAACAACCCAGAAGUAGAUAUCCCAACAUAUUGUUGGGAUUAGGAUUUGAACUUUGGGCAAUAUUCUGUAAUUCAAGGUGGUACUCCACUGAGCUACCAUUUUAAUGUUCUAAUUGUAAUGAAUGGUGUAUUUUAUUUAAUUUUUACAUAGAUUGAGAUUUAUUUAAUUUUUACAUUUUUUUAUA